AGGGGGACACAGCGCCGGCCUGCCCGGGAACCUGUGCCGCUCUGGGAGAGGAGAGGGACCCGCCGGGGCUGCUGGAGGCCUCGUGGUGCUGAGGGGAGGGAGGGCAGGCCGGCCCUGGAGCUGCGGUUGCCAGCACGCAGCGUUCCCCGCUUUAGGCCUUUGCAGCCGGGGCCGAGGUGUUUGAUUUGUUUGUGGUUCUGCAUAGAAACGGGCGCUGGGCGGCAGAUCCAACAAGCCAGCACGGCCACUACCACAGCUUUUUCACUCCUUAUGCAUUUUAGCAAAGUCAAUUAAUGUUCAUUGGCUGCAAGUCACCUAGUUUUGUUAUUAAUUAGUGUCCUGUUUUCUGUUGGCUAAUGAUUCUCUCGCUACCCGUGUUAAUUAGUCGCAGGUGAUCCCUGUGAUUUCCAGCCACAGCCAUGGGAUUGUUUGACAAGCUGGCAGGAUGGCUUGGGCUGAAGAAAAAGGAGGUUCACGUCUUGUGCCUUGGCUUGGACAACAGCGGCAAAACAACCAUCAUCAAUAAACUUAAACCUUCAAAUGCUCAAACUCAGGACAUCGUUCCAACAAUAGGAUUCAGUAUAGAGAAAUUCAAAACUUCAAGUUUGUCUUUCACAGUGUUUGAUAUGUCAGGUCAAGGGAAAUACAGAGACCUCUGGGAACACUACUACAAAGAAGGCCAAGCCAUUAUUUUUGUCAUUGAUAGCAGUGACAAAUUAAGAAUGGUUGUAGCCAAAGAAGAACUUGACACCCUUCUGAAUCAUCCAGAUAUUAAGCACCGUCGACUGCCUAUUCUCUUCUUUGCUAACAAGAUGGACCUCAGGGAUGCAGUGUCAUCUGUGAAAGUGUCUCAGCUGCUAUCCUUAGAAAACAUCAAAGACAAGCCCUGGCAUAUCUGUGCCAGUGAUGCUCUUAAAGGAGAAGGAUUACAAGAAGGUGUGGAUUGGCUCCAAGAUCAGAUGCAAGCAAUGAAGACAUGAGAGAUAAAUAAAGGAUCUACAGGAUUUUUUUACACCCUUUGUCAGUAGGUGAACAAGUUCCUUGGAAAGGAAGGAUGAUUUGAAGAUUAACAGUUCAGCUAAAAUAUCCUAUAUUGACUUGUUUCAGUUUAGUGUCUCUUCCAGGAAAACUGAAUGUAGACAACCUAGCACCUCAGGUAUACACAUUGAUGAAUUAAAUUGAAUCUUAUGGCUGGAGAGCAUAUACAAAAAAAAUAUUUAUGUUAAUAACAUCUGCAUUCAUUUGAUGUUUAGGUGAUAAUUAGCCAUCAGGAAAUGCCCUUCUGUUUUUUGGGGGGCAUCUUUUGAACAAAUGGGAAUAUUUAUUUUUCAGAGAAAGAAUAGUCAGCACUUCCUGAAAUCCAGUUAUAUAAGAUACCUACUGAUUUCAGAUGCCCAGUUUUAGGCAUUACUGCCAUUUUUUUAUAUUAAAGUUUGACAUUGGGUUUUUAUUACCCAUCUCUAAUAGACUUCUAUAAGGAUAUUUUGAUUAAAGGUACAAGGAUUCAAGUGUUCAGUGUAUUUGUUGUAGAUGGUUGCAGAUGUUUUUAAGGAAUUGCUUUUAAUGAAAUGUUAUUGUUUUUGUGAUUACGCCAUUGUUAUAUUUGCAUUCCCAUCAAUAAAACUUCAGAUAUAUGACAUGCCCUGAUUGGGUUUUUUAAGUUUAAUAUCUUCAUUAAUGGUCUUUACAUACUAGAGAUUUCUGGUUUUCUAUUUGUUUCAUCUGGAAUUUGUUUAUCCAUAUUCAAGUGGAUGUAGCCCUGUAUAUGUAAUAAAAUGACAUCUUUGUU